AUGCGGAUGAGUGCAGAAAAGAAGAGAGAGAGGAUACUCCACGUUCUGGCGACUGCCUACGGUCACCACAAGCAGUGGCAGGAGGUCCAGGAGAAUGCGCUGGACCAGCUGCACUCCAUGAGCAACCUGGCCAAGCAGCUAGCGGCGCUGGGGGAGUGUAAAGCGGCCGGCCGGCUCGGUUGCCUCGCCUGGUACCCGCAACUUGUCGAGCUGCUGGAGGCAAAAAUCCUCGCUUCCUUCGAGAGAGCCCUUGGGUUCGUGUACAAGCACAAGGAGACAUUGGCAGAUUUGAGCAAGAACCUAAAAUGCAAUUGGAAGGAAUCCGAGCGACUCCUGGCGGAUAUAGUAGGUCUACAGGGAGACGAGAGGGCUCUGUUCUCCACUGAGGUGUCUUUCUCCCUGGCUGAUAUCACGGAGUGGCUGAAGCUGCUCAAUGCUGCAUGUGUCUACGACUUGAGCGAAAAGCAGGUAGCACUGGAUCACAUCGCAUGUACACCGAAUAGCACGGAGAAGGUCUUGAGUGUGUGGAGCAGAAGUCACGUUGAAGAUCUAAUAGAAGUGAUUGAAUGUGUAAAUUACACAGUGGAACAGUUCAAGAAGACAGGCAAUGGCUGAGACUGAAUUGUUGUAACACUCUCUCAGACUUUUUAUGUACACACGCGAACACACAUUUGAAAAUAAAAUCAUGGCCCUAUUUUGGACUGCAUGGGGUAAAGUACUCGCUGGCUUUGAACGGCUUGGGAGGUGUCCAGUUUGCAGAAACGUCUGUCUUUGAUGCUUUGCUUUUGCCUAGUUUGGGAAAUGAGGAAAAGACUUUUCUGAACUUGCUGGGCUCCAGGUCUUUUUCUGCCUUUGAAACUGCCUCCUCCAAGGCAUUCACACGCUGAGUCACCACACUCACAAAUGCCUCCACUUGAUCCACGCGUGCAUACAGGUCUUUGAGCUGCUGUACGUAGCUGUGUAUGUCGUCCACUUUCUCCGCGUUGCAGACCAUGUUGUGUUGCACGUGCUCGAGUUGGGCUCUUGAAUUCCUCCACGCGGAACACCACGCUCUCUACACGGUCGUCCAACAGUUGUUUCUGCAGCCUGCUGUCAACAACGAGAUACUCUGCAAACUGGCGAGCGACGGCUCGAAGAUCCACGGCGUCUUCUCCCUCUGCCUGUCCCCCGACUGCAUCUCUCACCGCUUCCUCCAGACCCCCCGCCGCGGGGUCCAGCUGGCCGCUGUCCUCCAGAUCCAUGGGCUCCGGUGGCUCCGGCGAGCUGCUACUUCUGGUGCUACUCCCUUCACUCAUCUUUCUUGAUCCAAGAGAUUGGGGGUGGGCUUUUGUUA